AUGACGAACCUGACGCGCUUGAUUGGAGAUCUCCCAGCAGAGACCCAAUUUGGAAGGCGGUCGGAAGCUGCCAUCUCGUGCACCCUUAGACCAGUUCUCAUCUUCCCAGCACAUCUCUGCAACCUCGUGGCGCAGGCGGAAGACCACAUGUCCGAGGGGGCUGUGCUCACUGUCACCAACAUCGAGCAAAACGACGAAAUCGAGCACCGACCCUCGUGA